CUUUUUCAGAGAAAUAAGCAGAGAUUCUAUAAUUGAUAGAAAUUAGUUUGGGUUCUCUGGGUUUGUAGAGGUUUUGAUCAAUUGGGUUUGUGGGGUUUGAAGCUCUGAGAAAUGGGUCGAGGGAAGAUUGAGAUAAAGAGAAUCGAGAAUGCCAAUAGCAGGCAAGUCACAUUCUCAAAGAGACGUGCUGGCCUGCUCAAGAAGGCUCAGGAGCUCGCUAUUCUCUGUGAUGCUGAGGUUGCCGUUAUUAUCUUCUCCAAUACUGGCAAGCUCUUUGAGUUUUCCAGUUCUGGUAUGAAGGGAACACUUUCAAGAUACAACAAGUGUCUAGAGUCUCCUGAGGCUGCUAUAGUAGAAUACAGGGCAGAGAAGCAAGAUUCAAAGGAGUUGGAUUUCCUAAAAGAUGAAAUUGCAAAGCUACAGAGGAAACAGUUACGGCUGAUGGGUAAGGACCUGACUGGCUUGUGCUUAAAAGAAUUGCAGCACCUUGAACAGCAGUUAAGCGAAGGGUUAUUGUCUGUGAAGGAGAGAAAGGAGCAAUUACUGAUGGAGCAGCUGGAGGAAUCAAGAAUGCAGGAGCAACGUGCUAUGCUGGAGAAUGAAACUUUGCGCAGACAGGUUGAGGAGCUUCGAGGUUUUUUUCCACCAGCUGACCACCCAGUCCCAUCUUAUCGCGAAUAUUACCCUGUAGAAAGGAAGAAUAAUACCCUUGCCAAUCAUAGUGUUGCAAGUCCUGAUGUGCCAAGCAAUUAUCAAAUUGCGAAAGAGGAUUCAGACACUAUCUUGCAGUUGGGGUUGCCAAUUGAUGUUUAUCGCAAGACAAAGAAACCUGAGAGAGAAACCCUUUCCAAUGAUUCAGGGAGUCAAAUGGGCCUCUUCUGAUCUCUUUAUUCCUGGCCAUCUUCUUUUGCUUGCAUUAGAAAUGACAGCACUGAAAUGAACUUGAUACAGUUGAGUCUAGUUUAGUUGUGGAUGCCUCAUUUAAGCAAUAUAAAAGAAAAAAAGAAUGGUAGGAUCCUUAGGUGACCCAAAGUCAUCAAAGUGGAUAUAUAGAUUUUCCUUUUAGGAGGUUUGGGUAAUGGAGAUGCAAAAAGUAUAGUUAGUUUUACCCGCAUUUGAAGCAAUGGAGAUACACAUUAUAGUAGUAGCUUUCUAUUUUUAGUGUACCUUAGAAGGGGUUUGUAGUCUUGUAUUUUCUGUUGCAAAUUUAUCUACUCUCUUCUGGUCAA